AUGAGCUCACCAAACAUUACUUUGUAUACGGCCCAGACCCCCAAUGGGAUCAAGAUCUCCAUGGCUCUGGAGGAGCUUGGCUUGCCAUACAAGGUCGAAAGGAUCGAUAUCUCCAAGAACACCCAGAAGGAAGACUGGUUCCUCAAGAUCAACCCCAACGGCCGCAUCCCAGCAUUGACAGACACCUUCAGCGAUGGCCAGCAGAUCAACCUCUUUGAGUCUGGCAGCAUCCUUCAGUAUCUGGCAGAGCAAUAUGACCCAGACCACAAGAUCUCCUACCCCAAGGGUACACGCGAAUACUACGAAGUGAACAACUGGCUGUUCUUCCAGAACGCAGGACUGGGUCCCAUGCAAGGCCAAGCCAACCAUUUCUCACGAUAUGCCCCGGAGCACAUUGAAUAUGGUGUAACCCGCUACGUCAACGAGUCACGCCGGCUGUAUGGCGUAUUGGAUAAGCACCUUGCUCAGUCCAAGUCUGGCUUUAUUGUUGGUGAUCACAUCUCGAUUGCUGAUAUCACGCACUGGGGAUGGAUUGCUGCUGCUGGAUGGGCUGGUAUUGAUAUUGAGGAGUUCCCGCAUGUGAAGGCUUGGGAGGAGCGCAUUGUUCAGCGACCUGCCAUGGAGAAGGGCCGUCAUGUUCCUUCCCCUCACACUAUUAAGGAUUUGAUCAAGGAUAAGGCUACCAUGGAUAAGCAUGCAGCUGAUGCCAGGGCUUGGAUCCAGCAGGGAAUGAAGGACGAUGCCAAAAGCAAGGUCUAG